AAAUGGGUGUGGCUGAAGCAGCAAUCAUCAUCAUAUUUACUCUAAUAUCUAUGUCAUCAUCAUGUCUGCUGCUACAACAAUAGUUGGUCAGAUUAGUCGUUUGGAGAAGGAGACAGCAGCUUUUAAGAUACAACUAGAUGAUAUUGAUAAUCAACUCAAAUCGGUUACAAAUGAGCCAGACAGGAGAAUAUUGUACAAAAUAGCCGAAACACUAAAAGCAGACGUGGAGGAGAAAGAAAGCAAGCUGGCUCAUUUGAGAAAGGAGAACAGAAAAACGACACUAGCGGCUAUAUUUAUAUUCAUAAUCCUGAUACUAUUUUAUGUAUUCAUCAUGUCUCCUCUCAAACAGAACAAGAAAUCAGAAAAUUAAACUCACAAUCGUGUACAGUACACCAUCUAUACAUACAUUAAAUGACAACUUUGUUCACAAUUUAAUUUUGAUUGUAAAAGAAUAGGUACUGCGUAUUUGUUUGAAGAAA